CUGUCAGCACACGUGGGGAGAAGUACUUCCGGGUUGUGGCAGUAGGAGGAAGCCAGCGCUGUAAUACCGGAAGUGUGGAAGCAUGGAGUAGACUCGGCAUGCUGAAACCACCAAUGAUAUGCCGGUACCACGGUGGGAUCUCAUUAAGGAGCCUUUUUAAAGAUGGCACUGCGCUUGCGUGUAAUUUUGCCCUACACCAUCCCUGGAGUGCUGGCACUUCUUGGUUGGUGGUGGUUCUUUUCCAGGAAGAAAGAUGAUGGCCAUAGCAGACCCAAGCGUCUAACUGCCACCACAGAAGUGCAAGCAGACAGUGCCCUGACAGAACUUGACCCCACAUUAGAAAUUCAGAAAAGCAGUUCAAGGGUACAAUUGGUACAGCUGGACAGUGAGACAAGCACUCCACAGGGCACAUGCUUGGUGCCUCCAGUAGCACAGGUAGCUACGUUGACUGAUAUGCAGCCUGACCGCAAGGCUGAGGAUAUUUUAAGUGAAGAAUUUUCGGAGGAAUUCCAAAGUGAGAUUUUUGACUCCUUACAACAGUCUACUAUGGAAUGUGAUAUUGAGCUGUGUUUAGGGGAUGCAGACGUUGUGUUUACCAAACCUACAGAAUAUUUGCAGAGUAAUUCCUCAGAAGUUACCCAGAGUUUCUCCUCAGAAGAACUGCACACAAUGCCUUCUAGUGAAGAUGGCCAGCAGCCUUCUAUUGGUGAGAUUGAAACAGUGGUGAAAAUGUCUGUUCUAGUACAGUGUCCUCAAACAGUUAUUAAUGAGACAAGGAUGCCUAUGGGAGAAACGGCGAUCAGUUGUACCCAGCUACUGCAAUGCCAUCUGCCUGAGUUGGGGGCAGAGUCACAACCACUAAAGCAAGAUCAGUUGUCUCCUUCAUUGGAGCUGAAUGUUUCUGAGCUUCUGACUGAACCCGUAACCACAGAGACUGUAGAAUUUAUAUCGACAAAUCCUCUAUCAAACAUCAAAUCUGCAUGCACGGAGGUAAUGAGAGAAGGAAAUUGUGCUGAUAUAUUAGAUGCCUUUUCUCAAUGCCUGGAGAAAAGUGAACAGUUUGAAGAAGGGAGUGCUACAACAUUUUUUGAAAACUACGAGGCCAAGAUAGUUGAGCAGCUCGCCAUAAACAUCAUAUCCAAAGUGAUUGUGGCUGCUAAACAGGAAAUUUUGGCUAGCUCAGUUGGUAAUGUGUCAGAUGACGGAUGUCAAGUACUUGAGACAACUGGAAAGAUGCUACCAAACGAUGCUCAAUGUCAGCAGAGUGCAUUGGAGAGAGAAGCUGAUGUGAACAGUAAGACCUGUACAGAAAUAAACACCUGUGAAUCUACUCAAAUAGAACAACCCCAAGAGGAACAUAUCAAAAGCAGUGAGGUAAAUAAGCAAGGGGACUUUACUCUAGAAUCCACACAAAUGGAGUGGUCUCGAGAGGAAAACGUAAAUAAGCAAGGGGACUCUACUCUAGAAUACACACACAUGGAGUGGUCUCAAGAGGAAAACCUGAAAAGCACUGUAGUAAAUAAGCAAGGGGCCUCUAUUUUAGAAUCCACACAAAUGGAAUACUCCCAAGAGGAAAAAAUCAGGAGCACUCCAGUUCUUGAUAAAGAAGUAGACUCUGCCUAUGAUAUGGACUCUGCCUGUGAAUCCACACAGACAGAAGACUCCCCAGUGGAGAACCUGACUAACAUUUUAGUAGUAAGUAAGGUUUCAUGUCUUGAAAAAACAGAUGAAGAGCAGAUUGUUUCAAAUCUGUCCAUGCCACAGACCUAUGCCAUGCCAAAUUUAAGUCCAGUUCAUAAAAAUACAGAUUUUCUAAAUGAAUGUCCGACCAUUAUGGAGGAUUCCGGUGUUGGCGCAUGUACAUCCGAAAAUGGUAUCUGCAUGGAGGAUCGGUUGCAGAGCACUAUACUAUCUAGUGUUGGCGCCUAUGACUCUUUAAGUUCGUCAGGCAUUGAGUUAUCGGAGGAAAACUUUAAGGUGUCCAGUGAAAAAAAGAAGCUGAGAACUGUUGACAACAGUCUACCGUAUAGUAAUGGAGACGUGAAGAGUAGUUCCCUUGAUGUGAAAAAUGAAGGCCCGUGGACUGGAGACGCAGAAGUUGAUCACUCAGGAGGUUCAGAUGUAAAUAGCAUGGACUCUGUGGACAGUGGUUAUGCUCUGGGAAAGACUGAACAAGGCCAAAAUGUAAAGCAGAAGAUGGAAGUCAAAAAGGCUGAGCUUGUCAUCUGGGAAAUUGAAGUGCCAAAACACUUAGUUGGUCGCUUAAUUGGUAAACAAGGCAGAUAUGUAAGCUUUCUGAAAGAGUCAUCUGGUGCCAAGAUUUACAUUUCUACACUGCCUUACACACAAGACUUCCAGAUUUGUCACAUAGAAGGAUCUCAGCAGCAGGUUGACAGAGCAUUAAGUCUAAUAGGAAAGAAGUUUAAGGAACUCAACUUGACUAACAUCUAUGCACCUCCGCCUUCUAUGGCAUUGCACUCGCUUCCUAUGACGUCAUGGCUUAUGCUUCCGGAUGGUGUAACGGUUGAGGUGAUCGUGGUCAAUGUGGUCAAUGCAGGACACAUGUUUGUUCAGCAGCAUACGCAUCCAACAUUUCAUGCUCUACGUGGCUUGGAUCAGCAGAUGUAUCUCUGUUACUCACAGCCUAGUGUUCCAACGUUGCCUACUCCGGUGGAAGUUGGAGUAAUUUGUGCAGCACCUGCUGGAGAUGAUGCUUGGUGGAGGGCACAGGUGGUGGCCUACUACAAAGACUCUGAAGAAGUAGAGAUACGAUAUGUUGACUACGGUGGUUAUGAAAGAGUCAAGAUUGACAUACUCCGGCAGAUCAGGUCAGAUUUUGUUACAUUACCUUUCCAAGGUGCAGAGGUUCUUCUAGACAAUGUGAUCCCACUUGCAGAUGAGGAUCACUUUUCAGCCGAAGCAGAUGCCACUGCAAAUGAAAUGACAAGAGGCACAGCAUUGCUUGCACAGGUCACAAAUUAUGAUGAUGCAACAGGACUCCCACUUGUGCAGUUAUGGAGCAUGAUGGCAGAUGAGGUGGUAUCCAUCAACAGGACUCUUGUGGAAAGAGGAUUUGCACAGUGGAUAGACAGCUAUUAGCCCUUCUAACACAGUUUACUAAUCAAAAAUUUUGUACCAUUUCAGGCUUGGUAUGCAGCUUUUUUUUUUUUUUUUGUCUUUUGGUUUGUGUAGAAAUCAUGCAGAAGACGGAUUUUUAAAAGCCAUAUAUUUGUAGCUAUAUGAUCACUACUGUUUUGUCCAUAAUGUUAACCCUUAAACAAUCGGCAUCCUGAACAUGAUUUACUGUUCUUUGGUCAUCUGCUAUCCCUUUGGAUGAGCCAUUCAGGAUGAAUCAUACCAAAAAGUCAAAACGCGUGUUUUAUGUGAAAGAUGAAUUAUGCCAGUAUAAAGACUUUGUUACCACAACUGGAGGAGUGUCAGAUGAAUUGAACGUGACACACAAUGAUUGACUUUGUACAUGUACAUUUCGUGGAGCACUCUGCCUGCCAAGCCUGACUGUAAUUUAUUUUGUAACUGUGCAAAUCUUUGUAAAUAUACUGACAUAAGAACUGAUCACUGUAAUAUUUUUGUAUCUGAACGCUGGAGAAAAGGGAAUUUUGCAUUUUCCACACUACAUUCCCUCCAAACUGUAGCACGGGAACUCAUUUAUGCAUUCAGGAUGGGUUUCCUGUGCACACGUGUGAUGGUUAGAUUUGCCAUAUGGUCUGAUGUUGCUGUGAUCAAAUUAUUUGCUACUCUGCUGUACAAAUGUAAAAAGUGACAAAAAAUGACAAUGCAUUGGUGUGCCCUUUUUUUAUUUCUUGACAAAUGGAUUUGUAAACAUGUCAAAGUAAUAUAAAUCCACUGGAAAUGUAUUGUAAAAUGCAUAUUUUUUCCUAAGCCUGUUGUGAGCGGGGUUGAUUGAAAAUAAAAUAAAGCACUGAACGGGAA